AUGCAAAUCCCAAACCUCCUCCUCCUUCCAGCAUUCUUCGCCUUCUCCGCAAAUGCCCUAUUCGACUGCAACGACGACCAACACGCCUUCAACCCAGCAUCAGGAAAAUUCGUCGUCCAUUUCACUUCCGCUCGGGAUAGCAACUACAAUGGAAACGAGCCAUGGAUCAGAAUCUGCAUCCCCAACUCCUCGGGUACAUGGGACAAUGUCAAUCCACUGGGUGUACCCUGUGACACAGCCGGGGCCAAGACUUUUGGUACUGGUCAGACUGGUCUUAAGAGUGAUUUGAAGGUUGGGCUUGGGGAUGCGUGUGCUAGUGUUGGUGACCUGGUUGGUAGUUAUCUGGAGUAUAAGAGUGUUUUUGUGGAUUUGGAUGGGAAUUAUGGGAAUGGGGAUGUUUGUGGGAAGAGGAGCCAUGGGCGUUCUUGUCAGUUUAAUCUAUAG